GACAUGCGUAUGUACUAAUGGGCUACUCGUGCAUCUCUAGUCCCGGGAACUUUAGGAUUUUUAGGAAAAUAUAGCAUCACCCGGAGAUAUAAUAGAACUACAGGGGUUUUAGUUUUUAGGUCUCUUACAAAUUACUCCAGAACUACAAAAUUCAUCAUUAAUCCAUGAACACUUUUAUCGAUUCACAAGAACAAAUUCAAUGGCGAUGAUGAAAGACAAUCAGCAGGAGAUGGAGAAAGAAAUCCAUAACAAUACGAUCAUGAAAUCGGCGUCAAACGACAAUCACAACAACAAAGACGACAACAGUAGUAGUAUAACGGCGAUGAGUCGGAAGGAGAAGAAGAAGGCAUUGAAGAAGAUGAAAAGGAAGCAAAUAAGGAGAGAGAUUGCGAUGAAGGAGAGAGAACUCGAAGAAGCUCUAUUGAACGAUCCUGAAGAGGAGAUGAAAUUGCUGCGGUUAGAGGAAGAGGAGAGAGAGAGAAUGGCGAAGGAUCGCAUGGAGUUUGAGGAGAGAGAGAGAUUGUUUCUUCAAGCAUUAGAGUUGAAGAAGAAACAACAGGAAGAAGAAGAAGAGCAUCGCAAAGUCCUUGAACAAUCGGUUAAAAAUGAGAAUGCUAAUGAGGUGAAUGAUGACGAUGAUGGUUGGGAGUAUGUAGAAGAAGGACCAGCAGAAAUAAUAUGGAAAGGAAACGAGAUUAUUGUUAAGAAGAAAAAAAUCAGAGUGCCCAAGAAAACUCCUGAUAUUCAAACAGAAAAACAGGGAAGUGAAAGACCAAUAUCAAAUCCUCUUGCUCCCCAGUCUGAAGCCUUUGAUGAUUAUAGGAGUGCACAAGAGGUUCUGGAAAGUGUUGCACAACAAGUUCCUAACUUUGGAACUGAGCAGGAUAAAGCGCAUUGCCCCUUCCAUCUUAAAACUGGCGUUUGCCGCUUUGGAGCACGGUGUAGCAGAGUUCACUUCUAUCCAGAUAAAGCUUGUACAUUACUGAUAAAGAAUAUGUACAGCGGGCCUGGCCUUGCUUGGGAGCAGGAUGAAGGGCUUGAGCAUACAGAUGAGGAGGUUGAGCGAAGCUUCGAAGACUUCUAUGAGGAUGUUCACACUGAAUUUUUGAAGUUUGGAGAAAUUGUAAACUUUAAGGUGUGCAAAAAUGGCUCUUCCCAUUUGCGGGGUAAUGUCUAUGUGCAAUACAAGUCAUUGGAAUCGGCUGUACUUGCAUACCAAUCAAAUAAUGGUCGGUAUUUUGCUGGGAAACAGUUAACGUGUGAAUAUGUCAAUCUGACGCGAUGGAGGAUUGCUAUCUGUGGGGAGUUUAUGAAGUCAAGGUUCAAGACUUGUUCUCGGGGAUCAGCUUGCAACUUUAUCCAUUGUUUCCGAAAUCCUGGUGCGGACUAUGAAUGGGCUGACUGGGACAAACCAGCCCCUAGGUACUGGCUGAAGAAGAUGGCUGCUUUAUUUGGAUAUACUGGCGAUGGAUUUGCAAAUGAAGUUAGUCCAGGUAGCUAUCGCUCAAGGAGAUCGAGGUCCAUGGAGUUAGACAGCCCUCACAGAAAAAGCUUUUCUGAUGAGGAUGAUAGUCACAGGAGAAGGCAUCUCAGGAGGCAUAGAGGUGAUGCCAGAGAGACCAGAAAUCUUGAUAAGGAGAGACGAGAAGAAAAUAAAAACUAUCAAGAUUACCAUCGGAUCAAGCACAGAGAAAUUGAUGAUGUGUAUGUAUCAGAGGGGAGCACUGAUGAUCAGAGAUCUCUUGAUGGCAUGAAGAGAAGCUCGAAAAAGAGGCGAGGGGAACCAAAUUCAACAAGACAAGAAGAUGGCAAGAGUAGAAAAGCUGAAGCUACUACUGCCUAUUAUAAGUCUGCAGAUGGAGGAGAAAGUAACAGAUACGAUCACCAUAAACGUAGAAGCUCAAGUAGACAGAAGAGAGUUGUAGAGUCGGUUAUUGAGCAUUGCCACACGAGAGUUGAUAAUAUUGAUCUGGGGGAGAGUUCUUAUCAGGGAAAAAAAAGGCGGUCUCAGAAGAAUGUGAGAAGUUCACGGCUAAAUAAUCAGUCAGGGUUCACAGACACGGAUAGUGAUAGAGACGAGGAUAGACGCCAUAGACAUAGUAAACGGCAUUCAAGAGAGAUGAAAAAUGACUCAGAAUCAUCAGGCAUUACUUUUGAUGGUGAUAGGCUUGGCAGGCAUGGCAAAAGGCCUGAAAAGAGUAGAAGAAGAAGUUCUGGCUCCAAGAAAGAGUCAGACCUUGCAGAUUCAAAGAAAAAGAGAGAACAAAUUGGUGAGGAAAAGAAACAUCAUGGACGCAGGAGAAGUGAGAAGCACCAUAUCAAGGAGUAUGGCUUGUCAAAUGAUGAUUCUAAUACAUAUAGGCGCUCCAGGGAUCGAGAUGGACCUAUUCCUGGUGAAAAGAGCAAAGGCGAUGCAGGCAAUUUUAGAACUGAUGACAGGUGCAGAAGUUCUCAUGCUGAUGUGGACCAUAAUCACUCUGAGCAGGACAAUACAAAUGAUAAGUACCGUGAAGCUAGUGAUCGAACUGAAGUUUUGCAUAAUUCUGAUGUUGAAGGAGGGAUUUCAUGUAGAUUUAGUGACUGGGACAAGGGCCAUGAUUCAAAUAAUGGAGAGAUGGUAUCUGAAAGGGACCCGGAAAUAUGUGACAUUGAAAGCGAUGAGGAGGCUACUGCAUCUGAAAAGGCGGGGACUUGUUUCGUGAAUACCAGCUGUCAGGACUUCAACGGUGAGGAAGAGGCUGAGCUUGAAAAGGCUUGCCGUCAUGCUGCUUUAAAGAAGCUGGAAGAGAUUAGAAAACACAAGGAUAAUACUCUGGCUGCUCAUAGUAGGGAGCCUGUUGAAAGUUCGAGAUGCACCCAUGAAAAUUUAGUUGUCCAAGGUUCAGAGGUCAGUAAACUGGAAACAGACGUUGCUUCUAUAAAGAGGAAGAGGAUUUAAUUAAGAUGAAGUAAGAGGUCAGUAUCUUUUCAAGUAGCUAUCUAAUUUGUGCCCGUGUUUUGUAAUUCAAAUCUUUAGGGUGAUCCAGUGCUGAGCCUAGUACGCAAUGUUGCUAAUGUAUCUAGAAAUAGGAAUAGGAAUAGGUUUUUCCAUUGCCGUCAGAUGCUUGUCGUCCGUAUGCUCCUUCAUCUUGCAGAAUUGAUGUAUCCACACUCUUCGGAUGUAUGAGUUGAUCUAAGGGCUGUUUUGUCUGUACCUAUGUCUUAUAGAUGGUUGUUUGAAAAAUGCUCCAUCCUUUUGGGACGUAUAAUCCUCUUUCUCAUACUACAUUGA